AUGGUUGCGCCUUCCUGUUCUAGCAAGAAGAUAAAAUUCCAUUAUAGUUAUGGCGGCACGUUCAAGGUGUGUCCUAAUGAUGGCAACCUCAAAUACAUUGGUGGAACAAACAAGAUCAUGACUGUGGAUACGAGUAUCACUUACACAGAACUGAUCGUGAAGAUGUGGGAUAUAUGUGGACCUUCUAUGAACCUGAGGUGCAAGUUGCCUAUGGACGAUUUGUACUCAUUAGUGAAAGUUACAUCAGAUGAAGAUCUUAAUUAUGUUAUGGAAGAAUAUGAUCGGGUUGGUAAAAACAUGAAGAUCAGAGCCAUUCUCGACCCUCUACCACCGUCGAUACCUGAAGUUUUUGAGCAUUACUUCCGCAGUUAUAAGCUGGCAGGAGUGAAGUUCUUCGGUUACACACCACCUCAUUUUUAUCAUGUAGACCAAGCCAUAGCUGGAGACAUUUCUUGA